AUCUGUAUUUCCCGGGCACCAGCAAUACUGCCACCGUCUCCCAAUGUAAAAUCCCUCGGGGUGAGCUGAUGGAGGUCAUCCAAACCGUAAAAGGUAAAUAUCUUCGUCUGCCUCGGACUGGUGAUUUGUUCAUAGUCAAAUCGAAUACUCCUGCCUCUAAUCCCAAUGAAAGCCCUUCUGUUUCCACUACUGAAGCCUCCUCGUCUUCAAUGACUAUUGUUGCAGAUGCCUCGGCUGCCGAAACAGUUUCCGUAAUGUCGACCGGCACCCGUCCUACUGUCGCUAUGCCUAACUCUCUUGAGCAAAGUAUUGACUCUUUAAAUAAUGAGGUUCCAAAUGCACAAUCAUUGCAGGACGAGCAACAAACACAACAACAGACACUUCUGCAACAUAAUUUGCCCAAUCAACUUGAGCACCAGCGGCAGCAAUUGCUAAACCAUCAGAAUCAGCAGCAACAGGUGCAGCAACAACAACAGUUACAGCAGCAUCAACAGCAAUUCCUUCAACAACAAACCGCAAUCUCUUCUCAGUCUACAACUCGACAACCGAUUGCUCAAGGGCAAUCUCAAGAUUCACUGACCACAGAAGAUUUUAUCAGUCAGCAUCAACAUAGCGCUCCUCAAACCCAGUCGCUUCAUUCACAGCCGCAGCAACAACAACAACUGGAACAACAAUCAGAAAAACAACAUCCUCAACAGAUUUCCCAAAAUAGCACUAUACAGUCACAUAGCUCUCUGCAGACUUCCCAUUCAAGCGCUUCCCGAAGAAAAACAGGGGCUAGCGGAAUCGCCAGAUCUCGAAGGACCAAAACAACUCCUGCCACAGGUGUGAACGCCCUUAACUCUCCGGAAACGAGCGCAGGCACUGCUGGCCCUGACGAUUCAGCUGUUGUGCGUCAUCCACGGACUACAGAAGAGCAACUAGUCGGUGUGGCUGCAGCUGCUGCGGCUGCUAUGACUGCAACUCAU